AUGGCGGCUCUCGAUCUAAACCCUCAAAACGACAACAAAGAGAACGUCUCGCCCUCGGAGAUGACCACUACUUCUGUCAAGCCUCUGGAUUCUUCCUCAUCCAUCAUUGAUAAGGAGAAAACCCAAAUCAGAAUAAUCAGGAGAAAGCGAUCUAGAAGACAGCCUCUUAAAGACAUCACCAAUCUCUUUGUCUCAUCGUCAUCAUCAACAUUGUCCUCUUCCUUUCUGAUUCGCCACUUCCCCUCUUCUCCGACUCUAUCAGUUGAUCCCAAAUGCAUGAAGAGAAGAUCUGUUGCUGCUCUCAAGGCUUCUUCUACAUUCUCUUGUAGAAAUUUCAGAUGAGAUUAUAUCAUCUUAGUAUUGGGUUCUUUUCUAGUUUCUGGAAUUAUGUAUCAGUUUUUAGUUAAGGGUAUUCUAUCAAUACCCUGUCAUUAGCUUUCAUGUACUCAAACACACGAGAUAUGUUUCCCAUGAGUAUACUGGUUUCUCAAUUAUUAAGAUUCUUGCGGUAUUUCUGUCCAGCGUCAGUAUAAUUACGCUCCUAACUUCAACGUAUGUAACUGUGAACGUUCGAAUUGUGAUCUGGUCUUUUCUGACUAGCUCUUGGUUUUAAAAUGCACUAGCCAGGAAUAUUUGAGAUAGUAGCUACUGCAAUUUUUCCCCAUCUGAGAAGUGAAUCGAAGUUGUCUUUCUGUUAAAUGAUAACUGAUACUAUGUCCUGGGGUUUAGAAAAAAAAACCUGUGUCAUGGAGUUAGAUUGUAAAGUAUGUGUACGUACACUGAUAAGUGAUAACGGUGUCAUGAAUUUUUUUUAGAGCAUCCCCACCUUAUUUUUGAGAUUCACCAAAUGCAGUUUUAAAUUCUUUGCAUUUUGUAUUGAAGUCCAUAUUUAUUAAAUUAAGCUGGACCAUAAUUUUUCGUUAUAAACAACUUAAAAACAUACACUAAAUAAUUACAAGCAAUAUUGAUUGUAAGAGUAACAUUAUUGAACAGCAUCUCAAAAUAAGUAUCUCACAGCUUUUCUAUUAAUUUUAUAUUGUAAUUUUAUUAGAAUGUUAAUUUUUAUUUCAUUUAGUUAACUUGGCCAUUUGGCAUGAGAGAGCAUCUGAUAGGCUCGGGGCAGAGAUACUUUUGCCUUUCAUCUCUCCAGUUUUCUCUUCUUUUAGUCCUUGGUAGUUGUGAGAUACUUUUCCUCGUACUACCGAUGGAACUGCUCUAAUGCAGUCUUCAUUUUUGUAAUAUUUAUAUGUUCAUGCAAUUUUAUUUCUGUAUGUUACUUUAUGUUGUAUG